AGUUUAAAAUAAGUAUGUAAUUGAUUAAAAAACUGUUACAAUUCACUAAUGUGUUUCAAUCAAAUUUUUAAGUAAUUCUUCUAAGUGCUAAUAUAUAUACAUAUGAACUCCUCGGAAAAUCAUAAUUCACAGGCCGACGCUUCUGAAACUUUAUCCGAAGCUUCUGGCAGUCAAUCUCCGAAUAAUAAUUCAGAUAGUUCAUUGCAUUUAGUGCCUGAAUGUGACAGCAUGAAACGAGCUGCGGCAAGGAAAUUAAUCGAACGUUAUUUUUAUCAAUUAAUUGAUGGUUGCGGUAAUCCAAGUUGUGACAAUGAAUUUUGUGCUUCAAGUGGGGAAGCUAAAAUAAAAAAUUUAACUCCCGAUCAAGCUGCAGCGCAAGCUAUUCAACUUUUUUCACAAGAAGCUCGAUUAUGUGAUCGUGCACCAAGUAAAGUUGCAAGAACACAUGAUGGACAAUCUAGUAAAGAUACAGAUGUAAAUAGUUCCAGUUCUGCGGAUAAUCUUCAAUCAAGCAGUAAAACAAACGUCGAAGAUAAUGAAAUGCCUGAUAAUGAUCUAGUUAGAAAUUCAUCAAGUAGUGCAAACAGUAUGUUAUUAUCGGAUACUAAAGAUUUAACAGAAGCAUUAAAUUUUAAUAAAGCUCCUGUAGAACCAUUAACGGAGGAUAAGUUAAAUAGUAUUAUCACACAGUGUAAAGAAGAAAAUUGUUAUUAUACAUUAUUAAGAACAAUCACAGAAGUAUUCAGUGAUUUAAAAGUACUUGCUAGAAGUUUUCCUACACAAACAUCUCAAUCUGAUGCGAAUUCACCAAUUGAUGCUUUACUAAACAAAGCACCAGGUAGUGAUUUAUCAUCAUUGAAAAAAGAAGAUGUACGGAUUUUAGAAGGUGAAAAUGAAAAAGAUGAAGACAGUUGUUGUUCUGAAAAUGAUCCAACGAAAGCUGGUGGUGAUACAACACCUCGGCUACCCGUUGAUUUGGAAUCAGUUCGUAGAGCUUUUAAAAAUUUAUUUGAAUUAUCUGCAACAAUUUUCGAACAAACGUUAGUUACAGCGAUUACAGCGAGUACUACAUAUAUGCACAUGGUAAUGCAAAUGCAUGGUACCAAACCAGAUUGUUUAAAUGAUAUGGUUAAUGCAGUAUUAAUAUUAUGUGAAAUACCAAUAUUAGGUUCUGGUGAAUUUUUGGAAACAGCUUUACCAUCUUUGUGCAGAGCAGCAGCUCAACUUCCAACAUCCGCACAAGCAACAUUAGCCCGUCGAUGGGCAAAAGAUGGAAAACCAAUGUUAAAAACUUUAUUAGAAAGUUUACAACAAUUAAUUACUCUACGAGUUAUUGUAACACAUUUUAAUCCAGAUUUUUUUGUGCAAGAUGAACCAAUUAUUACCUCAGCGACUAAGUUGAUGAAGAUAGUAUAUUAUGCAAAUAUAUUAGCUGGUAAAUUAGAUCCUCCUGAACUACGUAAAGAAGAUUUACCUCCUGUGGGUAUAGAAGAUUCAAUAUUAAUGGGUUUCAACCAUAAACAGCCAAAACCUGUUACACCAGAUCCAUUGGCGCAAGAAUUGAAUGUCAACAUUUUAGAUAGUCGAAAACCAUUUAUACCAUUUGCUGAAUUUUAUAACGAACCACUUAGUGAUGCAGUCGAAAUGGAUAGAGAUUUCGCAAACUACAAAGGUGAGAGUACAGGGAUGUCAUCGAAAUCAACUGGAAAAUUCAGUUUUAUGAGACAUGCUUUUAUUUUAACUCCAGCUACUAAAACUAUGGGAUUAUAUUUUGAUAACCGUAUUCGUAUGUAUUCUGAACGACGUAUGAGUUUCUUUCAAAGUAUGGCUGGUCAACCAUCAACACCUUAUUUAAAGUUAAAAGUUAGAAGGGAUCAUAUCAUUGAUGAUACUUUAGUAGAAUUAGAAGUGAUUGCUAUGGAAAAUCCGAAUGAUUUAAAAAAACAAUUGGUUGUUGAAUUUGCUGGUGAACAAGGUGUUGAUGAAGGCGGUAUAUCAAAAGAAUUCUUUCAACUUAUUAUAGAUGAAUUAUUUAAUCCUGAUUAUAGUAUGUUCACACAUCAAAUUGAAUCUCAAACAGUUUGGUUUAAUCCGACGAGUUUUGAAAGUGAUGCUCAAUUUACAUUGGUAGGAAUAGUAUUAGGACUAGCCAUAUACAAUAACAUUAUUUUAUCUGUGAAUUUUCCUAUGGUUGUGUACUCAAAAUUGAUGGGUAAACAAGGAUGUUUUGAUGAUUUAGAAGAUUGGAAUUCUGUUUUACAUAAAGGAUUGACAGAACUAUUAGAAUACGAAGGUGAUGACAUCGAAGAAGUAUUUAUGCAAACAUUUAAAGUGAGCUAUCAAGACGUUUUUGGUGCUACAAUUACACACGAAUUAAAACAGAAUGGUGGUGAUAUACUUGUAAAUCAGAGUAAUAAACAUGAAUUCGUAGACUUAUAUGCAGAUUUUCUAUUAAAUAAAUCAGUUGAAAAACAAUAUCGUGCAUUUCAUCGAGGAUUUCAAAUGGUCACUGAUGAAUCACCUUUACAACUGUUGUUCCGUCCAGAGGAAAUUGAAUUACUUGUUUGUGGUAGCAAGAAUUUCGAUUUAAAUGAAUUGGAACAAGCAACACAGUAUGAUGCUGGAUAUACGAAACAUACACAAAUAAUAAAAGAUUUUUGGUCAAUUGUUCAUGCAUUUCCAGUGACUGAACAACGUAAAUUUUUACAAUUUACUACAGGAUCAGAUCGAGUACCUGUUGGUGGAUUUUCAAAACUUAAGUUACUUAUAUCACGUAAUGGACCAGAUUCAGAUAGAUUACCGACAGCACAUACAUGUUUUAAUGUUUUGUUACUUCCCGAAUACAGUUCAAAAGAAAAAUUGUACGAUAGACUAGUCAAAGCAAUUAAUUAUUCUAAAGGGUUUGGUAUGAUGUAAAUAAUAUUCACUUGAUACAAUAAAAAAAAUAUUAAAAUAGUA